CUGGACAGCCUCGGUGUGGGACCUGUGACCGGUGGACGCGAUGGAUCUGGCCUAUGUCUGCGAGUGGGAGAAAUGGCCCAAGAGCACCCACUGUCCCUCAGUGCCCCUGGCCUGUGCCUGGUCCUGCCGCAACCUCAUCGCCUUCACCACAGACCUCCGAAACGACGACCAGGACCUGACCCGCAUGAUCCACAUCCUGGACACAGAGCACCCCUGGGACGUGCACUCCAUCAACUCGGAGCACAGCGAAGCCAUCACCUGCCUGGAGUGGGACCAGUCAGGCUCCCGGCUGCUGUCAGCUGAUGCCAAUGGGCAGAUCAAGUGCUGGAGCAUGGCUGACCACCUGGCCAACAGCUGGGAGAGCCCCGUGGGCAGCCUGGUGGAGGGGGACCCCAUCGUGGCCCUGUCCUGGCUGCACAACGGCGUGAAACUAGCCCUGCAUGUGGAAAAGUCAGGUGCCUCCAGCUUCGGGGAGAAGUUCUCCCGGGUCAAGUUCUCGCCGUCACUCACCCUGUUUGGAGGCAAGCCCAUGGAGGGCUGGAUCGCCGUCACGGUCAGCGGCCUGGUCACCGUGUCCCUGCUCAAGCCCAGCGGGCAGGUGCUGACGUCCACGGAGAGCCUGUGCCGGCUGCGUGGCCGCGUGGCCCUGGCCGACAUCGCCUUCACGGGCGGCGGCAACAUCGUGGUGGCGACGGCCGACGGCAGCAGCGCGUCCCCGGUGCAGUUCUACAAGGUGUGCGUGAGCGUGGUCAGCGAGAAGUGCCGCAUCGACACGGAGAUCCUGCCCUCGCUCUUCAUGCGCUGCACCACCGACCUCAACCGCAAGGACAAGUUCCCCGCCAUCACCCACCUCAAGUUCCUGGCCCGGGACAUGUCGGAACAGGUGCUCCUGUGCGCGUCCAGCCAGGCGAGCAGCAUCGUGGAGUGCUGGUCCCUGCGGAAGGAGGGGCUCCCCGUGAACAACAUCUUCCAGCAGAUCUCUCCCGUGGUUGGUGACAAGCAGCCCAUGAUUCUCAAGUGGCGGAUCCUGUCCGCCACCAACGACCUGGACCGUGUGUCUGCGGUGGCACUGCCCAAGCUGCCCAUCUCGCUCACCAACACUGACCUCAAGGUGGCCAAUGACACCCAGUUCUACCCAGGCCUGGGGCUGGCCCUGGCCUUCCACGACGGCAGCGUCCACAUCGUGCACCGGCUGUCGCUGCAGAUCAUGGCCGUCUUCUACAGCUCCGCGGGCCCGCGGGCGGUGGACGAGCCCGCCAUCAAGCGCCCCCGGACCGCCGGCCCCACUGUCCACUUCAAGGCUAUGCAGCUCUCCUGGACCUCUCUGGCCCUCGUGGGCAUCGACAGCCACGGCAAGCUGAGCAUGCUGCGCAUCUCCCCGUCCAUGGGGCACGCGCUGGACGUCAGCCUGGCGCUGCGGCACCUCCUCUUCCUGCUGGAGUACUGCAUGGUGACGGGCUACGACUGGUGGGACAUCCUGCUGCACGUGCAGCCCGCCAUGGUGCAGAGCCUGGUGGAGAAGCUGCACGAGGAGUACACGCGCCAGAACGCCGCCCUGCAGCAGGUGCUCUCGACGCGCAUCCUGGCCAUGAAGGCCUCGCUCUGCAAGCUGUCGCCCUGCACGGUGACGCGCGUGUGCGACUACCACGCCAAGCUCUUCCUCAUCGCCAUCAGCUCCACGCUCAAGUCGCUGCUGCGCCCGCACUUCCUCAACACGCCCGACAAGAGCCCCGGCGACCGGCUGACCGAGGUCUGCGCCAAGAUCACUGACGUCGACAUCGACAAGGUCAUGAUCAACCUCAAGACCGAGGAGUUUGUCCUGGACAUGACCACCCUGCAGGCGCUUCAGCAGCUCUUGCAGUGGGUGGGCGACUUCGUGCUCUACCUGCUGGCCAGCCUGCCCAACCAGGGCUCCCCACUGCGGCCAGGCCACAGCUUCCUGCGGGACGGCGCCUCCCUGGGCACGCUGCGUGAGCUCAUGGUGGUCAUCCGCAUCUGGGGGCUGCUGAAGCCCAGCUGCCUGCCCGUGUACACGGCCACCUCGGACACCCAGGACAGCAUGUCCCUGCUCUUCCGCCUGCUCACCAAGCUGUGGAUCUGCUGCCGCGACGAGGGGCCCACGAGCGAGCCCGACGAGGCGCUGGUGGACGAGUGCUGCCUGCUGCCCAGCCAGCUGCUCAUCCCCAGCCUGGACUGGCUGCCCGUCAGCGACGGCCUGGUCAGCCGCCUGCAGCCCAAGCAGCCCCUGCGCCUGCAUUUUGGCAAAGCUCCUGCGCUGCCAGGCAGCGCCAGCACCUUGCAGCUGGACAGCCCCGCCAGGUGCGUGCCCGGCCUGUGCCACGCCUGCCGCAGCGCCCCUUCCGGGGCACCCCCGAACCUGCAUGGUGCCCACGGUGCGCCCUGUGGCUGCGUCACCAUGCUCAGGUCCCCCAACAAGACGACGGCCAUCAAGCAGUGGGAGCAGCGCUGGAUCAAGAACUGCCUGUGUGGGGGGCUGUGGCGGCGGCUGCCCCUCAGCUGCCCCUGACGGCGCCGGGCCGCCUGCUGCCCAGGAAGGCGGCUCCGCCCUGACCGGGGCGUGUCCCACACUCCAGGCCUGCCGCGGGCGGCGUCAGGCAGCCUGACCGCUCAGCGCUUCGUCCACCCCGCUGGCCCCACCGCACUGGACAGGCGGGCCGGGAGCUGCUGGGAGCCUGCGUCGGGUCCCCUCAGCCCGGAGGGCACCGCUUCCCCAGGAGGGGCCUCGCCCCUUCCGACGGUCCAGGCCCUCGCACUGCCCUGAGGGGCUCAGCCCGGAAUCGGCCCUCGAAGUGGGCCUGCAGGUGACGCUUCCAGGCGGCUCUGAGCUGGCAGGCCCAAUAAACACCUGGGAGUGCAGACCUCGCGUGGGCGUCAGGGGCCCCUACAGGCCCCCUCUGUUCUGCAUGCACAGUUGGGGCCUUUCGUGCGGUCUGGGCUGUGCUCUGCUGGGCAGGGGUGGGCUGCUCCCAGUGUGCCGACCACCUGCCCUUCCUGCACUGCUCGCCCCUCGCCCCCACCCCAGGCCCUGCCUUCUGCCAGCCACCGCUUUGGCCUGCCCUGCUCUGCUCCCCGUGGGCCUCCAGCCGCACCUGCCUAUGAAGUAGAAAUCGGUUCUCUGGUUUUGCCCCGGAAGGCCGCGGGGAGGGAAGCCUCGUGGGAACCCUGCAGGGAGUCAGUGGCCGUGUGGCCGCUCCCGUGGGGGCACCCUGCGCACGAGCUUCUGGGGCUUUCGGGGUGGUGAGCGUCCGGGGAGCCCAUUACCUGGGCCAGGGUUGUGUGAAGCCCAGCCGCCUGGCACGACACUUGAAAUGUCACAGAGCUGGCCCUUCGGGGGACUCGAGGCGCUGGGCCAGCACAGGCUGCUCCUGCCCACUGCCCCUCGCUGAGAUGGGCGUCUCCCGUGCACCGCCUGGUGGCAGGCAGGGCGCCCCACGGUGGUCAGGCCGUCAGCCGAGGCCGUGCGAAGGGCUGGCGCUGAGGCGAGGAGCAGAGCCCAGGCCGUGGGGUGGGGACGGCCUCUCCGAGGGUCCUUCCCGCUCUCUCUGCCCAGGCCUUGGCUGCCAGGGGCCAGUUGAGCUGCAGCGGUUUUACAGCAGGACGCCGACUCUCGGAGCCUGUGCAGCCUUGCGACAGCACAGCCCAGGGGACGGGCAGCCCCAGGUGGGCACUGGCUGGGGAGGGCAGCCGAGCCCAGCAUGAGCCAGGGCACUUCGGGGGGCUCCAGCCCCGGAGACGAGCCCCCCGCCGCGCACGUGCUCCUGACCACGCGAGCAGGGCGCAGGGCCCGCUGCUGCUUGCACGGGCGCCGGAAUAAGCCGCAAGUGCGCCGAGCCCCGCGGCCACAGAUGCCCCUGGCUGGCCUCAAGCACGGGCUCUCCCUGGAGCCGGCGGCACCCUCCUGGAGCCCGCUGGGUUCUCCCGGGUAGACAGAGCUGCGGCGGGCACGUUCCCCGCCCCGACCGUCUCUAGUUCUGCCUCUGGGGCCGUCGCAGCGUGUUCCUGUCAGGCAGGAGGCAGGCCAGGUAGCAGGCCGUCCUGCGCUGCCCAACCCGGGGGAGCGUUCUGAAGAGGCCCUGUGGGGUCCAAGGGCUCAGGGCCUCAGCUCCUGGUUCCUGACUGGACUGCAGAAGCCCCUACUCUAAAGGGGCGCCUGCAGGGGACGCCUUGAGUGCGUCUCCCCUGAGGCCGCUGCCUCCGCGGUGCCUCCUGCCUGGAAGUCCCCCUUUGCUGCCAGCAAGCCCAGGACCCGGGCCCCAUGUCCCCCUGUGGCCCAUAAACCACCCCUGCCGGGCAGUUCUGCUCGGGUGCAGCUGGGUUUCUGAC